AUGAUCAUCGCAAACACUCUUCUGCUUGCUGUACUGGCCUCUUGCGCUCUCGCCGGAGCCGCUCAAUACGGCUACGAUGCAGACCCCGUCUUCGCGUCGGCUCUUACUCCUCGAGACAGCUGUUCAGAGCUACCUCAGCUUUGCACCGAUCUUGUGACGCUCCACGGUAUGGCAACAAUGUUGACCUACCUCUGUCCCGAGCCGACAGCUCUCAGCACCGUCCAUGUUACCCAGACCAUGACCACAACUGUGACUGUCGCCCCAACUGGUAACGGUGACCCGCAGUCCACUAAGACAUCCGAUGAAGAUCCAACCGGCUCCGAAGAGGCUACAACAACGACUACGGUUAGGUCCACGGUCACCGAGCAUAGGACUAUCACCCUCGUGCACAGUACCGACGGAUCGAAGUCCUCUGUUAGGACAUCUGUCAUGACUGAGCCAUCCUCCGAGAGCCAAUCCCUUGAUAUGCCCACGUUCAUGCUGCCUAUCAUCACGGAGUCGUUCUCAAAGGCCGCUCCUACUAAAGCCAAUGUCACUUCUUCCAUGCUCGCACCUACCGCGAUAUAUCGGAACAAGACAUCGUACAGUGGCUAUGCAAAGCCCACGAUCAGUCUAUUCAGAGGUGCAAAGGCUUCAGAUUCUGUUAUUCCGUUCAAGGGUAUCGCUGGACACCAUGAUGUUCCCUACAUUGUUCUAUUGCUUGGCACAAUGAUAGCUGCUGCCAGCGUAUGA